AUGGAGGAUGACGGCCGCCUUGCUCCCCGUCAGAUAUGGGCCCGGCCGACGAGUACUACCACAAGAUCCUAUGUCCCUGGGUGUACUCCUUUCCUGCUUCCUAGCGAUGGUUAUGUAUAUCUAAACCGCACCUACUCAAUAUCCCUCGGAGAAAAUGCCAUUUACGACCCCGCGUGCACGAGUACGCCGACGACGACCGAACAUGCGGGUGCGGCACUAGACAUUCACGACCCGUUCUACGCGUCCGUGACACCGCUGUUGUAUGCAAUGGGCUGUGCCACUGUCGUUAGCUACCUGCUUGUCAUCAUUCUACUUAUUACGCCUCGUACAUUUUAUGUUGGUGGCCCUGGAGGCGGCGCCAAUUUCCUCGGUCGACAUGGGAUGGUCAGCGGGUCCUACAGCAAUAAUUCGUCGGUCGUGGGUGUUGGUGGACGUCCGUGGCUACAGAAGGUCGCCGCGCUUCUUGUCGCCAUAUCUCUGACUAUAGCGACCGCAGAUUCGUUUCGGGUGGCAGAAAAACAGUAUGAUCAUGGCUACUCCGACGCCGAGGCGUUGACGUCGGAGGUCAUUGAUGGCACCGAGAUCAAGGUAGUUCGGAUCAUCUCGAGCACCUUUCUAUGGCUGGCUCAGGUGCAGACACUUAUUCGGCUUUUCCCGCGACAUAAAGAAAAGGUUAUGAUCAAGUGGGCGGGUUUUGCGCUGAUUGUCCUGGAUACUAUUUUUGCGAUUCUGGACAAGUUUCUGGUCAAGACGAAUACUACCCGGCCACGACUUUAUGAAGAUGCUAUUCCGGCUCUCAGCUAUCUGUUCGAACUUGCACUCAACCUUCUAUACGCCGCUUGGGUGAUAUUCUACUCAUUAUCGAAACAUCGAUUCGCCUUCUUUCAUCCUAAGAUGAGAAAUAUAUGUCUCGUUGCGCUCUUAUCUUUGUGUGCAGUGUUGAUACCCGUUGUCUUCUUUGUCCUAGAUAUUGCGAAACCAGAAAUAGCUGGUUGGGGUACAUAUAUAAGAUGGGUUGGCUCCGCGGCAGCAAGUGUGGUUGUUUGGGAGUGGGUGGAACGUAUCGAGGCUUUGGAACGAGAUGAGAGGAAAGACGGGAUUCUCGGGAGAGAGGUCUUUGACGGUGAUGAGAUGAUUGAAGUCACGCCUUCUGAGGAAGUUGACUGGCCUCGUCAGCAGUUCCAUGGGCAUGACCGCGGUGGAGGCACCGGAAUGUCUUCAGCCUGGGGAGGAGUUAUGGGACUUGCUCAUCGACCAUUGAGACCGCGAGGAGGCCGCAUUACCCAGACUCAGCGCGAAGCCGAGGGUGCUACUGCCGCCAAAUCACGAAAGCGAAGAUCCGCAAGGCCAACUCCGCCGCCAGCUGCUGUCACUCCUGUCAGUCGAGCUGACACAACUAGUGCAGCAAGCACGGUCUAUAAUGUGCAUUAUUAUCCUGUUUCCAGUCCCACGCCACCGGUUGCCAUGCCCUUCAUGGAAGAAGAGGAUGAAGGCUCUGAUGGCGAUGGGGAGAAGGAACUUGCGGUCGUUCAGAAUCAACAAAGUAGCUUGCCUACUCAGGACACCUAUACCGAGCCGAGGAGACAGAAUUCGCCACAAAUCGUAAAUGUGGACAACCGAUGGCGGUUCAUCUUGAACCCCUUCAAGAACAGGCACGCGGCCUUACCAAGAGAAGUCGCCUCGGCGCAGGCGGAGGAAGAAGGGUUCCUCUCCCCAGAUGAUCAAGCCCCCCGCCAAGGAGACGAAGAAAACCCUCAUUACACCCCUCGGCAUCGAGGUCUCUUCUCUUUCCAUCCAAUGUCAGAUGGCGCAUCAAGGCGACAGAGCGGCGCCGAUCAGCCGUUGCCAGUGACAGUGAUACCUGCCCGGCGCCGUGGCCAGGAUACAUGGUCACCGCAAUGGUUUACAAAUUCCAAUCUUGUAGACCGGUCCUCAAGUCGCCGGACUGCGUCACGUCCUCGUGAUCAGCGGAUGAAAGUGAUUCAGCCGCAGGUCCAGAGCGCCGCACCGUGGACUGCUGCCGAUAUGGAGGCUUCUUUCAGCUCUAUGGAUUACGAGCUUCGGUAUGAUCCUGAAGCAGCGGCGCUCGUGUCCGAGGAUAUUCCUGACCAUCAUUCGCAGCCUACGCAGGCUGAUAGUCCGGCCCAUCCCACUAUGUCUGGUGGGAAUGGCCCUUCUGGUGGAGAGACACAGUCCGCACUAGAUACUGGGCCUGGUAUUGAAGGGUCGGUUAAUGAAGGGUCGGUUAUUGAAGGGCCGGAGGAGUCCCACUCUCAACGAUAG